AUGGCGCAAGCCUACCGCGACCCCAUCGAGAGUGCCAGAUUAAGGGAACGCGAUGGCAUCACAAAGGACGAGGAGAAAAGUCACAUUGAGAAUUCUGGCCACCAAUAUGAGGACCCUUUCGGAAACGAAGAGUUUGCAGAGGUCAAAUACCGGACGUUAUACUGGUGGCAAUGCGGCAUGAUCAUGAUCGCCGAAACCAUCUCGUUGGGAAUCCUGUCGCUACCCUCUGCUGUGGCGACUAUCGGACUGGCCCCGGCGGUCAUCCUCAUCGUCGGACUGGGACUCCUAGCUACCUACACAGGAUAUGUCAUAGGCCAAUUCAAACUCCGCUAUCCACAUGUUCAUAGCAUGGCCGACGCUGGGGAGGUCCUGUUUCGACCCCUCGGUCUCGCCCGCUUUGGAAGAGAGUUUCUGGGAACGGCACAACUGCUCUUCCUUGUCUUCAUCAUGGGAAGCCAUCUUCUCACCUUCACUGUCAUGAUGAAUACUCUCACCAAUCAUGGCACCUGCUCCAUCGUGUUUGGUGUUGUUGGAUUAAUCGUGUCUUUCAUAUUUGCCAUCCCGAGGACGUUGAGAAAGGUCUCAUGGUUUUCUUUCGCGUCAUUUGCCAGUAUUAUUGCUGCCGUGCUCAUCACGAUGAUCGCUAUCGCUAUACAACGGCCCGGAGAUGGCCAGGUAGAUGCGACAACGAAAACCAGUGUUGCAAAUGGGUUUUUAGCCGUAACGAACAUUGUAUUUGCAUAUGCGGGCCAUGUCGCUUUCUUCGGGUUCAUUUCGGAGAUGCAAACACCAACAGACUACCCCAAGACUCUGUUCCUCCUCCAAGGAACUGACACAUGUAUGUAUGUUGUCGCGGCGGUAGUCAUUUACUAUUACGGUGGAAAAGACGUGAAGUCCCCUGCCCUCAGCUCGACCGCUCCAAUCACAGCAAAGAUUGCGUAUGGAAUCGCAAUCCCAACGAUCGUGAUCGCUGGAGUGAUCAAUGGCCACGUUGCAGCCAAGUACAUCUAUGUCCGUCUAUUCCGUGGCACCGACCGCAUGCACAAGAGAAGCGUGGGGUCCAUUGGAUCCUGGGUAGCGAUUACAUUGAUUCUCUGGGUUAUUGCAUGGGUCAUCGCAGAGGCCAUUCCGGUUUUCAACGACCUGCUCAGUUUGAUUACCGCUCUCUUCGCAAGCUGGUUCACGUACGGCCUCAGUGGAAUAUUCUGGUUAUUCUUGAAUUGGGGACAGUAUGGUAAAUCAUGGCAGAAAAUGUGUCUCCUGAUCGUCAAUCUGAUUGUAGUCGUCAUUGGGGGUUGUCUAUGCGGUAUGGGAUUGUGGGUCUCUGGAAAAGCCAUUCAUGAGGACUCCAGCAAAGCCAGUUUCUCAUGCAAUGCUAACACUUAA